AUGGCGGAUGAUAGUGAGUUGACUUCAACGCUCACAUACCCUACAAAAAAGACUUUAUUUCCAAUACAACGAUCUGAACUAAAUUCAGAUGGGGCUUCCCAUGGCCUCCUUUUCCCUUGUGUUUCAGGGAAAGAAGUAGCUGAAGAUGGUGUCAAAGGUGUAAAUCAACCAAAUUGGCUUCGAAAUGAAAGCUACAAAGCCGUCAUUGAGCAUCGAAAUACUUUUACAGAGCAACAUGAGCCUGCAGACCAAGGGGGAAAACGUGUACAUUCAGACAUUUCUAGUUCAGAUGACGAAGGGGGACUCCAUUCCAGCAAGGAAAUAAAAGUAGAAGGUUCUGAUAUUGACCAUAAAGAACGAAAACACCACAAGGACAAGAGGAAACACAAACAUAAAAAGAAACGAAAACAUAGACAUGAAAAAUCAGGGCCUAAAGAGUGUAUUAAUGAAGAUGCAAGCAAACCCGAUACAAUUUGGAUCGAAGAAGCUCAACUUGUCCCUGAGAAAGCCUUUAGACUUCACAAAAAACCUGAUAUGGCCAAUCGAAUGUAUGACACACUCUAUAGGUUAGAUAUUGCUUUGUAUAAAUUGAAGUCAAAUGCGACUUGUCUUGGUCUUGGUAAACAUCAAGUUGUUGAGCUGUCUGUAAAGAAAGGUAAGAAAAAGAGGAAGCGGGAUCAGAUGGUAAGAUAUUGGAGUAUAAAGGACUUCCAGGUACCAGAGAACACUGACAACAUUUCUGUGAUGUUGCAAAGUGCUGUGGAUAUGUCAAGCCAGAGAGUUGACUUGGGUGAUGGUAGAAGUUAUAUAUCCCUCAAGUUACCUGGUGAAGGUGACGUAAGCCAAAGGGAAAGCAGUCACACUUCUUCACAAGAGGCAUCAGUGGCUGAUAGAGAUUCUAGAGAAUCUGAAGUCUUGCAAAAGACUGGAGAACUAAACAAGAUCUUGCGUGACAAACCACAUGACAUUCAAACAUGGCUAUCUCUUGUUGAUCUUCAAGAAGAGGUUGUAAGACAAGAAGACUCAGUAAAAUCAAGUUUCACAGCAACUGGUAGAGAAAGGAGAAAAGCUUCCACUAGGACCAUAAUUGAAAAGAAAAUUGCUGUCCUUGAAAAAGCUUUGCAAAAAAAUCCAAACUCAGUUGAACUGAUAGUUGGUCAUUUAAAUCUGUGUAACGAGAUCUUGGAUACUGAGGAAUUGGUUCAGAAAUGGAAGAAAGUCAGUUUUGUUCACCCAAACAAUACUCUGUUAUGGAAAAACUAUAUACUUUUUAUGCAAUCCAGAUUCUCAGUGUUCUCAUUUAGUAAGACAGCAGCAGUGUAUGGUAAAUGUUUAAGUACAUUGUCAUCUAUAAAGGAGGGAACUUUUGCAUCACACCAGGCUGAAGGUGACUUGGAGAGUGAAAUGGUGGACUUGUUUAUCAGGGAAUGCCAAUUUACAAAGCAGUCAGGACACAUAGAAAAGGCUGUAGCCUGCCUGCAGGCCAUGGUGGAACUGAAUUGUUUUUGUUCACCUGAAUUGGAAAGGAACACCCCCAUUACUGGGCAGAUGGCAUUUUUGGAGACAUUUUGGGACAGUGGACAGCCAAGGUUUGGGGAAGAUGGUGCAAGUGGUUGGAAGUCAUGGUUGGCUCAAGGAAAUAGCACUGAUUCAUCUAAAGUGACAUUUAUUGAUGUCAAGAAGACUUUCAGGGAAAGCUCUGGUAAAGCAGUAGAUGAGAGUGAUUCUCAUAAUGAUAAUGAUGAUGACUUUACCAUUGAUAAAGAGCAGCCUCUGUGGAGAAGUUGGCUUCAAAUUGAAUUAAACAGGCAAAGGAGACAUUUGUGUCCAUGGGAACCAGAUAAGGAAGCAGGGGAAACAGAGGAGGACUGUGAUGAUGCUGAGAGACUUGUUUUGUUUGACGACUUUAGUUCAAGUUUGUUCAAAAUUUCUGAUCCUGGGAACAGGCUGAAGCUUGUGUUAACUUUCUUGAAUCUGCUUGGAGUAUCAGUACCUUGCAUAACCUCAUCAACAAACGCUGAUGUACAUCAAUGCUUGAACACUUCUAUAGAGCACAAGUCACAAUUACUAGAAACUGAAAGACCUGCCAUUUCUCACUGCCUUGGUUUGUGGCAGUCAUGCUAUUGGGAUGAGAUCACCUUUACUAAUACAAGUGACCUUCAGUGGCCAUCUUCAGAGGCUUUGAAUCUUAUAAGGAACAUCUUUGUACAAAGUUUGCCAGUAUUUGAAGGGCCAACAAGGAGCUUCCUAAUGGUAUUGUGGCUCUGGUUUGAGUUUGGUCUAACUCAGAAAGAGCCAUUGUUAAAACAAAGUAAAAAGAGGUGCAAAGAUGUCAGAAAAUUGGCCAAGAGCCUUCUAAAACAGCCAGAAAGCAGAAACGAUCUGAAGCUGUGGCAAGCUUUUGCAGAGAUAGAGUGGUUAUCAGGCAACAAAGAAGAAGCCCGCAGAGUGUUUGACUCCACUCUUUUGAUGGCAGGUGAAAUGUUUCCUGAGGAACAGAGCAGAAGGAUGGCUUUAGUACCUCUUGUCAGGUCCUAUGUUGAGCUUGAAGUUGGCAUCACAUUGAACUCAAAAGAAGACCAGUCAAGUGAAGGAAGCAAGAAAGCAUUACAGAUCUUGACCUCAUUUGCAGAAGGAGCAAGGAUCAAAAUGUCUGCAUCUGAUGUGUCAACUUCAGAUCUAUCUUCUGUUCAACUACUGAAAGCUCGCAGAAUCUACCAGAAGUUGCGGCAAAACAUCUUAGAAACAACUGGACCCCAAGGCAGCAAUGAGUUAUUGGCUGAGCAUAGUAAAGCCACAGGAAGUGAUGUAGUGCAUUUAGAAGCUUGCAUCGCUUUGUUUGAGUACUUGAGCAGUGGUAUCCAAAGUUUGUUAUCCAUGUGUAAUGAAUUCAUUUCACUGAUAUCAUGUGGUGUAUCAAGCCCAUCUGGUCUUAGAGAGAUGGACAUUGAACUCAUCUUGACUUUUUAUGUCAAAUUGUUUAAAUUUCACAGCAAAUUGGGCCAAACUCUUCCACUGAAAGACAUACGACACAUUGCACUUUUUGGGCUGGAAAGGUUUCCGGAUAACCCCAAGUUCUUGUCUUUUUACAUUGAGAGAGAAUCAAAGUCUAUUCUCACUGGAGAAUUAAGAAGGACACUUGACAGAGCCACCUUAAAAGCUGAGACACCAGUGCCUUGGAUUUUUGCACUGUAUUAUGAGCAAUUGCGUGCAGAGUCCCUUGUCUCUGUCAUGGAAUGUACUGAUUCACCCUCUCUAGGUGCUGCAGCUGUGACGUCCCUUCCAGUUACAGGUGUGGUUCAUCGUCAGUAUGCACUGUUUGAAAGAGCAGUGAGCAGUUCCUCUGGAAGACAUUGUGUGGCUUUGUGGAGGAUGUACAUGGAAUUUGAGGCAAAACAUCAAAAGGAGAAGGUAAAGUCAGUGUUCUAUCAAGCCAUACAGAACUGUCCCUGGGCUAAGACUUUGUACAUGGAUGCCGCACAGCUUCUACCAGAUGAUUUGCAAGACAUAGUUGAUUUAAUGGUUGAGAAGGAAAUCAGAGUGCGUGCUCCACUCGAAGAGAUUGAGCUCCUCAUGCAAGAGUAAUGUGGGAUGGUUGAGGUAUAAUAUCCAUACAUUAUCAAGCAAACAGAUAAUGAGAAUACUCAAACUUAUCUUGAUCUAACACCAAAUUCUGGUAACUAAUUUUUAAGGCAAUAUGUAGCUGCUAGUGGGGAGAGUUAACAGGUUAAUACCUCCUUGGAAACAACAGUUUACUUCAUGUGGCACAAGGAAUUUUCAUGAAAAUGUUUAGCCCUGUUCCAUAAUUUGCUUACAGCAACAAUUAUUUUGAAUUCACUAACACUUUGCUUUCAUGAUGUAAGAGUGACUAGCAUCUAAUUUCUCCUCACAACAUUACUCCUGUAUCAAACAUUAUGGUCAUGAGAAUAAAGGAAAUGAUCAAGAUUCUCUUGAUUCUUACAAAAACUUUCUUGUCAGCACCUCAGGAAAAUUAAAGAGAAUAGCAUGAAGAGUGUGCGUACUGAUGUUGGGGUGUAAAGGGUUCACAUUCCAGCAGUAAAGACAUUAUUUCUCACUUUUUAUAUUAAGUAUCUUUCUAACAAAAAAUAGUCAUCAGAUGAGACAAGUGUAAAUAUGUUUUCAUUUUAUAUUCAAAGCUAUAUUAAGAAAAAAGUUACCUAUGUAAAAAAUCAUAGCAAAUGUCUCUUAGGAUAUAUAAUACAUUUGUGUUUUUUUUUCAUGCUCCUUAAUGACCAUCAGAUGAAAAUGUACAAGCUAUUUAUAAAUAUUUACAUCAUUAACAGUUAAGACUGUUUACAACUAGUAUAUGAUUGUACAAAAUCUUAAUUGUCUCUAUUUGAACUGGACUGUAUAUCAUUUUAUAUCAUAAGUGUAACCUGUCAAUAGAACAUCAUUCAAUGCAGCCUAAAGUCAAGAGAAAAGGCUGAUUGAAUUAUGAGUCAGUUAUAAGUUGCUACUCUUUGAAGAGUUUUCUUUGAAUACAAAUCAAAUAUUUACUGUCAGUAUUUUGGGAAAUAGUUAAUAAUGAUUAGUAUAUACUACAAAAGAUAAUAGUGUUGAAGGCACACUCGCUGAUUAGCAACUCAAAUUCCCAAUAUACUCUGCUAUUCACCUCCCAGCCACACAUGCAGGAUUUUAGCCAGAAAACAUUGUAAUAAUUGCAGGAAUAAAUGAGUUAAAAUUGUAUUCUUGUGCUAUAUUAUCUCACUGUUGAAGUUAACACUAAAACAACAGUUCAACUCAGUGUUGGUAGCUAGCUGUGGAUAUUUGUCUCAUCGCUUUGCAGCUCAGUAAAUAUCCACCAGUAGCUACCUACACUUUGAUACAUUGCAACAUUUUUUACGUCUUGGGGAUAUCAUAAGCCUUACUUAACCUUGCAUC